AUGGAGGGUGGAGAAAUUCGAAGACUUCAUGUCGUUUAUUUUCUUAGCCGGAUGGGACACGUGGAGCAACCCCAUCUCAUCCGUGUUCAUCAUCUCCCCCGUCGCGGCGGCGUUUAUCUUCGAGACGUAAAGAGAUGGCUAGGGGAAUUGAGAGGGAAGGCGAUGCCCGAAGCGUUCGCGUGGUCGUACAAAAGGCAAUACAGAGCAGGGUACGUUUGGCAAGAUCUGGUGGAUGACGAUCUCAUAACUCCAAUUUCUGACAACGAAUAUGUUCUGCAAGGAUCCCAAUUAUAUCCCACUGCUUUUUUUGAUAAUUCUCGCCUCUGUUCUUCCUCCUCGCACACAAAGAAUUUGGAUGCUUAUGAAGAUUCGGAGCGAUCCACGGUGACCGACGACGGAGAUUCCAUGAAGGUCGAAGAACAGGCUAAGAACUUGGAGGUAGCCAAACAGGGAAUUGUAGAACGUACUAUACAAAAGGAAGGUGGACCCAUGUCAACAGUUUCAUCAGCUUCGUCGUCAUCGGCAUCCUCAUCGGAGCAACAUGCAUUUACAAAGAGCAAGAGCUACUCAAGUGGAGCUUCUACCAUGCUUCGUCAAUGGAUUACGUGCGGGGCGAUAGAUACAGACGACUCCGUUUUGAUCAAGAAUCCAUCGCCCAAAGAUUCAUCGUUGGAAAAGCCUAAAAAUGGCGCCGUGUUUUGUAGAGACGACGAGAUGGGUGGCUCAGCUCGAGUUCAACGAAAUUCUUGGGAUGGGAACCUUGAGCUCUCUUGCCAACAUAGCCAACAAAAUUCUCGGAAAAGUUUGGACGAUUCAAGGAAGAAGAGGCAGAAAGAGAGCGACGGAGGAAAGGUAGCAGUGACUCACAAGCCAAUGGCAGGACCGAACUGCUCGCUAUGUGGGAAGAGUUUCAAGCCAGAGAAGAUGCAUUCACACAUGAAAUCAUGUAAGGGACUGAAGUCGUUGACCAAGACUGCUACGACAUCGAGAAAGUCAAAGUCAAAGUCAAAGUCAACCACAGCAAAAUCUUCGGACAAGGAACUGGUUUCCACGUACCUGUUGACCAACUAGGACAGCUCAAUGGAAGGAAGAAAGAAGGUGAAAUAUUGGGCCAAAUAUGAACUCAAAUUAGUGUCUAAUGAAACAGAAUUUGAUUCAUUUGAUGAUUGCCAUGCAAACCCUCCAAGAGUAGUUCCUUUGCAUGCCACGCUUCCCCUUUUUGAAGUAUGUGAAAUCUCAGUGUACUUAAAUCAGUAGACCAUUAUUGUUCUUAUGCCCUGUUGUUGUCCAAGAUGGUAUCAGCUUAAGGAAUUAAAGGUUGCGUGUGCUUUA